AUUCGUCGAACCUAGUCAGAACAAACUCCAGUGCCAAAGUUCCGACUACGACUUUACUGCCCCUAUUGCGUCAGGCCCGAUCUGAACUGCAUGUAUAAGUAUCUGACACCCGCCCAUCUGCGACUCCCCAUCUGGAUUACGGCAAGCAAGCAACCAGCCCUAUCCAUCAUCAGCCUCGCCUCGCACCUCCCAGGAUCACUCUUGUCAGGCCCAGUACAACAUACCACGCACGCCACCAAUAUACAGGACCAAGAGAACCCACUCUUAUCAAUACCCGCCGAGCCAGACAAGACGGACAGAGACAGAACUUGACAGACAAGAACAACGCCACCCUCGGCCCCUUGCCCCAAGACCUUGUCCCAGUUAGCAAAAGCAAACACGGCAAAUCCUCCCCGUUGAUCAACCUAUCAACAACGGCCGGGACGUCCAGAACAUUUACACUGGGACCAGGACCAGUUUGUGACAUAUCAUUUCUCUCUGCGAAGCACCUGCACCAGGCACGUCGUACAGCAUUGAGUACUCUUGACCGGUGUUAAUCCUUUUCUCCUCCCUCGCCUCCCUCGCCCUUUCGCCUAGGGAGCAUAUAACCCUCGACACGCGCCAGACGUUCCUUUCCCCCCGCCUGGUCUCGUCUUCAAGAUGUUGUCUCUUCACCCUCAGGACUUCAACUCCAACCCGUGCUACCUGCCCUACCGGUCCUUUGCCGGACCUGCGAUCACAGCCGACCACUCAACCUUUGUGCCUUUCACCAUGGGCGGCGCCGUACAACCCCCGACGCCACAGCACGAGGACCACAUGGAGAUGGACGGCCCCGCAGAGCCCCUCAGCCCGCGCACAUCCCCUGCCCACACAUCAUCCCUCCACCAGUCCCAACAGCAGCGCUCAGCCUCCCCGCGCACCUCGCCAGCCGUCCAGCCGCCCUCCGACUUCGGCAACCUGGACCCGAACACCGUGGCCGAGGCCCUGGAGAUUGCCCGCGACAGCCCGGACGGUGCGCGGGACCCCGUUGUCAGCGGCAUCCUGGAGUCGGCCCUCACCCAGCUGUGGGACCGCGUGACAGCCCAGCCCGAGAGUUACGUCAUGUCCACGGGCGAGUUCGCCGUCUUCAACUUCUACCAGCAGCGGUUCGUCGGCAAUAAGCUUGCCGUCGCCGCAAGGAGGAGGUACUGGGACAACACGCACGCAUGAGCCACAGCCCUACCGCGCAGUUUCAUAUUUCAGGCUCUCUCAAUAGUAUCUCGCACGGUGUUUCGGGUGCCUCUGGGGGGAAUUGUCACGGCUCUCCUCGACUUUGCUCAUCUCGCCCGAUAACAGCCGCUGUCCGUCGGACAGUCUCUCGGCCCGCAGCCCUCCUACGUUGUGGAAGAUAGGGGGGACACUUUUCAUCGGUCAAAGCACGGCCCCCCCGACGCAAAUCCAAUCAGACGCUCACUACCAAUCGCACGGUCUCUGACAGAACGGGAUUUCGACCAGAUCGUUGAGAAAUGACCAGCCAUCUGUCCCACCAUGAACUGGUGGACAUGGAUGGCUCGACAUUCAUCUUCUCAAACGGCUCUGGGAAGCUCUUUCCCCGCCCUGUUCCGCCAUUGCGCCACAAGCACACAAAAGGCUGGCGCUACCCCAACGUCCGUGGAAGCUCUUCACGUCAAGGCGCAAAUAAGAUGUCUUGGCGGCAUUGCAGCUCCCAGGACCGGGUCUAGCAGGCUCGGGCGGCGCAUACGCCAAGCAUGACUACGACCUGCCCGCCUACACAAGGGGCUGCGAUAUCGAGGUCCCGUCCCUGGCCGUUGCGAUUCCGCGGCAAGCCAUAGGAAUCCGCGUCCUCCCGAGCGUCGGAGCGCCGCCUCGCAUGAAAGUGCAUCGCUUCAGCUGAAGUGAUAGUGUGUCUUUGCGCAAAGAGAGAAGCGAGAGAGAGAGAGAGAGAGAGAGAGAGAGAGAGCCGAUGUCUGUACAUUGUUUUACCAAAAGGUAUUUUCUUACUAUUUUAUGAAAGGGAAAGCCCAAGGGGCAUAUACGAUACGGGUCUAGCAUUUCGGAUGGAGUUGGAUUUCGGGCGGGUUUUGCCUUCAUCAUCGCCGCCGCCGCCACCGGCCAACUGUGUUGUCACGGGGCUUGACGGGGUGCACAGAAUUAUAGGGACGGGCCGCCUUGGUCUGGUUUGAAGUGUCGUCUGCUUGUGGUUUCUCCCAGCUUGAGGUCCCGAUAUACCGGGUCCCCAAGCCGGAGUGGGCAUCUUCUUCGCAUUACACACGGAGGGCGUCAAACUUUUUUAGGUUGUUGAUACCCGCGUUUACAGUAUUUGGUAGCGCAACGAAUCUCACAAAGCUUUCAGUCUCGCUUG